CGUGUGCAGAAGUCCUUCUAGUCCUGGGCCUGCUUCCCCGUCGCAGCUUCUUGUUGCCGGAGCAGUCAAGUGGCCCGGAUCCCUUCAGGUUGUUGAAGGAAUCUUGGUCUUUUGGGCGCGGCACAAACCAAGGUGAGGAAAGGGAGAAAGAUCCUGUGGAUCCUUGCAGGAAUAAUUUAUUCCAAAAGAAGUUAAUAGUAAAAUACUCAACAUGCAAACAUCUUGUGACGACAAUGAAGGAAAGCCACAGAACAUGCCAAAGGCAGAGGAAGAUCACCCUUCAGAUGGUGGGCCUCUGGAGGCGGGAGGAGAGCCGCAACCCUCUGCUGAAGUUGUUAGCCAGGAAGCACAAGGAAACCUUGGAGGAGGGCAGGCCCAGCCUGGCCAGAGUUUUAAAGAGGACACUCCCGUUAGGCACUUGGACCCUGAGGAAAUGAUAAGAGGAGUAGAUGAGUUGGAAAGGCUUAGGGAAGAGAUAAGAAGAGUAAGAAACAAGUUUGUGAUGAUGCAUUGGAAACAAAGACAUUCUCGAAGCCGCCCUUAUCCGGUGUGCUUCAGGCCUUGAUUUCAUUGCCUGAUAAUUAAGAUCUGGCCCCUGCUUUCUUUUUGUUAACAUUUUUUCUGAUGUAUCUUUGACCUUCAUUUUUACUUUUCAUGAUCUGGUGGUAUUUUGUUUUAGUUAGUUUACCUUGUUACCAGCAUAUCAUUAGAGUUUGUAUUUUAAUGUUUCCCAGGUUUGCUUUUCAGUUGGUAAGUUGUCACACGUAGGCAUGGGAAGAUGUUCGUUGCAUAAAGUAAAACACUACAGAUUUCAAAGCAGCAUAUUUAGUAUCAGCUCCCAUACGUAGGCUAAAAUCCCCAAAUUGUGUAUGUGUGUGUGUACAUACAUAUAUCAAAAUUUUACCUGUGCUUAUUUCUAUGUGGUGUGAGCUCUUGUUUUUCUGCUUCUUAUUUGUAUUUUUUAAGGAACACAUUACUGUGUCAGACAAAAAUAAUUAAAGUUUUUUUAAUAAGAUUUGAUCAAAUAAUUUGCAACUAGCUUACAAUGGUACUGGGGGCACUUAAUCUCUUCAUGAUCAAACUAUUAAAAAUGUAAAUGUCAAAUUACCUCAGGAUCUCUUUUCCAGAGGAAUAAAACUGGCAAUUAUUACUCUCA